AUGGCGAUAGAGAACAAGGACAAGAAGAGCAAGCGCCCAAGCAAGCGAAAAUCGCAAACUUUAGACACUCCAGAUCAUCCUUCCCAGAUCCAAGACGAGCAAGAAGAGAGUAUUUUGCCAAAAUCCUCUCAGGGCAAGGGAGCUCAACCAAUCGCUCUUACUCAAGCCGAAGAAGUCACUGCCGAGCAGAAAUUUGCUGCAUUCUACCUUCGGCAAACCACGCAGGAGUUUGCCGACGACCUUGACAAGCUCCGCACAGCGAGUGACUUCAAUGAUCGAAGCGUCGAGCUCCUGGUCGACUCCUUGCAGAAGGGAACGGCGUGCUUUGCAAAGUCGGAUCGCGUGAGGAUCGGACGAGCAGGCGCAGAGACUUGA